AAUACAGAUACCUCUUUCUGCUUGAGUGUUUUGGUCAGAGUAUAUUCUCUUCUACUUUUUAAAGGAAUUUGGGUAAAGGCACAACCUAAAAACACCUGAGAGAGGGCAUUCUGGCUUAUGGAUUAGAUUGCAUUAGUGAACAGGACAACAAAUUGGUGAAUAUGAGUUAACAAAAAUUUUGGGUAAGAAAUUUUCCACAUGCAUUUAUUUGGAUAUUGAUAAUUUUAUUUUUUUAAAGUUUGUUUUAAAACAUUGCUUAUUAUGGCAUGUAAGCUUAUGUUGGGUGGGAAGAGUACAAAUGGAAAUUGAAAUUGUUAAACAUGUAAAUUAAAUGAUCAAUCCUACAAUUUUUUUUUUGUUUUUGUUUUUGGUAAAGUAAUCUGGAUUGCUUAUUUUAUAUGCUGGGAUGCUAGUUGUUUUUUCUAUUAAUACACUUAACUUGCAUUCUAGCUUCGCCAUUCAGAGACAGGCAUCGUGUGGUGGGUUGUGUGACAGUGUCUGUCAAUAGUGAAGACAAAUAGUGCCAGAGACACUUAACCCAUCCAAUCUCACCCAGGGUAUAGGAUUUGCCUCUGAAGCAGGGAGUGUCUGCAUUAAAAAUGACCUGUAGUUCUCUGCUUCAUAGAUGCUUCUUCAGCUCCCUCCUCUUCCUCCAUGGGCGGUGCUUGCAGCUCCUUUACCACCUCUUCCAGCCCUACCAUUUAUUCUACCUCAGUCACCGACAGCAAGGCUAUGCAAGUGGAGAGCUGCUCCUCAGCCUUGGGGGUAAGUAACAGAGGGGUAAGUGAAAAGCAGUUAACCAGUAACACAGUUCAGCAGCAUCCAUCAACACCGAAGAGGCACACAGUCUUGUACAUCUCACCACCACCUGAGGACUUGCUGGAUAACAGUCGGAUGUCCUGCCAGGAUGAGGGGUGUGGAUUGGAAUCAGAGCAGAGCUGCAGUAUGUGGAUGGAGGAUUCCCCCUCCAACUUCAGUAACAUGAGCACCAGUUCCUACAAUGAUAACACUGAGGUACCUCGUAAAUCACGAAAACGAAAUCCAAAGCAGAGGCCGGGGGUCAAACGACGAGAUUGUGAAGAAUCUAAUAUGGAUAUAUUUGAUGCCGACAGUGCCAAAGCACCUCACUAUGUGCUUUCUCAGCUUACCACGGACAACAAAGGCAACUCAAAAGCAGGAAAUGGAACACUGGAAAACCAAAAAGCAAGUGGAGUAAAGAAGAGCCCUAUGUUGUGUGGACAGUAUCCUGUUAAAAGUGAAGGAAAGGAGCUGAAGAUAGUUGUACAGCCUGAGACCCAGCACCGAGCUCGGUACCUGACUGAGGGUAGCCGUGGCUCAGUAAAGGACAGAACACAGCAAGGCUUUCCUACAGUAAAGCUGGAAGGCCAUAAUGAGCCCGUAGUGUUGCAAGUGUUUGUGGGUAAUGACUCUGGUCGAGUGAAACCACAUGGAUUUUAUCAGGCCUGCAGGGUUACUGGGCGAAAUACAACUCCCUGUAAAGAAGUGGACAUUGAAGGCACUACUGUUAUAGAAGUUGGUCUUGAUCCAAGCAACAACAUGACACUGGCGGUGGACUGCGUAGGGAUAUUGAAAUUGAGGAAUGCUGAUGUUGAAGCCAGAAUAGGAAUUGCUGGUUCCAAGAAAAAAAGCACUCGUGCCAGAUUGGUUUUUAGAGUUAAUAUCACGAGGAAAGAUGGCUCCACUUUGACACUGCAAACACCCUCUUCUCCGAUUUUAUGUACUCAGCCAGCAGGAGUGCCAGAAAUCUUAAAGAAAAGCUUGCAUAGCUGUUCAGUGAAAGGAGAGGAAGAAGUAUUUUUAAUUGGCAAGAACUUUCUGAAAGGAACUAAAGUUAUUUUCCAAGAAAAUGUUUCUGAUGAAAACUCUUGGAAGUCAGAAGCUGAAAUUGACAUGGAAUUAUUUCAUCAGAAUCAUCUUAUUGUGAAGGUUCCCCCAUAUCAUGACCAACAUAUAACUUUGCCGGUAUCAGUGGGAAUAUAUGUAGUGACCAAUGCUGGAAGAUCUCAUGAUGUUCAGCCAUUCACUUACACUCCAGACCCAGCAACAGCUGGUGCUUUGAAUGUAAAUGUGAAGAAAGAAAUAUCUAGUCCUUCAAGACCUUGCUCUUUUGAAGAGGCCAUGAAAGCAAUGAAAACUACUGGUUGUAAUUUAGAUAAGGUAAAUAUUCUUCCUAAUGCUCUGAUCACUCCACUCAUAUCAAGCAGUAUGAUUAAGAGUGAAGAUGUUACUCCAAUGGAAGUAACAGCAGAAAAAAGAUCUUCCCCUAUUUUUAAGACUACAAAGACAGUUGGAUCAACUCAACAAACAUUAGAAAAUAUCUCUAACAUAGCAGGAAAUGGGUCUUUUUCAUCGUCAUCCUCUUCCCACUUACCUUCUGAAAAUGAAAAGCAGCAGCAGAUUCAGCCUAAGACAUACAACCCAGAGACCCUGACAACUAUCCAGACACAGGACAUUUCACAGCCUGGUACCUUUCCAGCAGUUUCUGCUUCUAGUCAGUUGCCCACCAGUGAUGCACUACUGCAGCAGGCAACCCAGUUUCAGACCAGAGAAACCCAGUCUAGAGAAGUGCUACAGUCAGAUGGUACAGUGGUUAAUUUGUCACACCUGACUGAAUCAUCCCAGCCACAGCAGCAGUCACCACUGCAAGAACAAGCACAGACUUUACAGCAGCAGAUUUCAUCCAAUAUUUUCCCAUCACCGAAUAGCGUGAGUCAACUACAGAAUACGAUUCAGCAUUUGCAAGCCGGAAGUUUUACAGGCAGUACUGCCAGUGGCAGCAGUGGGAAUGUUGACUUGGUCCAACAAGUUUUAGAGGCACAACAACAGUUAUCUUCAGUUUUAUUUUCUGCUCCAGAUGGUAAUGAGAAUGUUCAAGAACAGCUUAGUGCAGACAUUUUUCAACAAGUCAGUCAAAUUCAAAAUAGUGUAAGCCCUGGAAUGUUUUCCUCAACAGAACCAGCAGUCCAUACUAGACCAGAUAAUUUAAUAGCUGGAAGAGCUGAAAGUGUUCAUCCACCGACUGAAAACACAUUAUCCAGUCAGCAGCAGCAACAGCAACAGCAACAAGUGAUGGAAUCAUCAGCUGCGAUGGUGAUGGAGAUGCAGCAGAGUAUUUGUCAGGCGGCUGCCCAGAUCCAGUCCGAGCUAUUUCCUUCCCCUGCGUCAGCAAAUGGGAACCUUCAGCAAUCUCCAGUUUACCAGCAGACGUCUCACAUCAUGAGUGCGUUAUCUACUAAUGAGGACAUGCAAAUGCAGUGUGAAUUGUUUUCUUCUCCACCUGCAGUUUCUGGAAAUGAAACUACUACAACCACCACACAACAGGUUGCAACCCCUGGCACGACCAUGUUCCAGACAUCAAGUUCAGGAGAUGGAGAAGAACCUGGAGCACAAGCAAAGCAGAUUCAGAACAGUGUCUUUCAGACCAUGGUCCAAAUGCAACAUAGUGGGGACAGUCAAUCUCAAGUUAACCUUUUUUCAUCUACGAAAAGUAUGAUGAGUGUACAGAAUAAUGGUACUCAGCAGCAAGGUAAUGGUUUAUUCCAGCAAGGUAAUGAGAUGAUGUCACUCCAGUCUGGGAAUUUUUUGCAGCAGUCUUCUCAUUCACAGGCUCCACUUUUUCAUCCUCAAAAUCCUAUUGCUGAUGCUCAGAACCUUUCCCAGGAAACUCAAGGUUCUAUUUUCCACAGCCCAAGUCCUAUUGUCCAUAGUCAGACUUCUACAACGUCCUCUGAACAAAUGCAGCCUCCAAUGUUUCACUCUCAGAGUACCAUGGCUGUGCUCCAGGGCUCUUCUGUUCCUCAAGACCAGCAGUCGGCCAACCUGUUUCUUUCCCAAAGUCCAAUGAAUAAUCUUCAGAGUAACACAGUAGCCCAAGAAGAACAGAUUUCAUUUUUUGCAGCUCAGAACUCCAUUUCUCCACUUCAGUCAACAUCUAACACUGAGCAGCAAGCUGGUUUCCAACAGCAGGCUCCAAUAUCACACAUCCAGACCCCUAUGCUUUCCCAGGAACAGGCACAACCCUCCCAGCAAGGUAUGUUCCAACCUCAAGUGUCGCUGGGCUCCCUGCCUCCUAAUCCAAUGCCUCAGAACCAACAAGGAACAAUCUUCCAGUCUCAGCACUCGAUAGUCGCUAUCCAGAGUAACUCCCCGUCCCAGGAGCAGCAGCAGCAGCAGCAGCAGCAGCAACAGCAGCAGCAGCAGCAGCAACAGCAGCAGAGCAUUUUGUUCAGUAAUCAGAACACCAUGGCCACGAUGGCAUCUCAAAAGCAGCCACCACCAAACAUGAUGUUCAACCCAAGUCAGAAUCCAAUGGCUAAUCAGGAGCAACAGAACCAAUCCAUCUUUCACCAACAAAAUAAUAUGGCUCCAAUGAAUCAAGAGCAGCAGCCCAUGCAAUUUCAGAACCAGCCUCCAGUUUCCUCUCUUCAGAACCCAGGUCCUACCCAGUCUGAGUCGCCACAAACCUCCUUAUUCCAUACCUCUCCUCAGAUUCAGUUGGUCCAAGGGUCACCCAGUUCUCAAGAACAGCAAGUAACACUGUUCCUCUCUCCAGCAUCCAUGUCUGCUUUGCAGACUAGUAUGAACCAACAAGACAUGCAGCAGUCUCCUCUUUAUUCCCCUCAGAACAACAUGCCUGGAAUCCAGGGAGCCACAUCUUCACCUCAGCCACAGGCAACUUUGUUUCACAACACUACUGGAGGCACAAUGAACCAACUACAGAAUUCUCCUGGCUCAUCUCAACAGACUUCCGGAAUGUUCUUAUUUGGCAUUCAAAAUAACUGUAGUCAGCUUUUAACUUCUGGACCAGCUACCUUGCCAGAUCAGUUGAUGGCCAUAAGUCAGCCAGGCCAACCCCAGAAUGAGGGCCAGCCACCUGUGACAACACUUCUUUCUCAGCAAAUACCAGAAAAUUCUUCACUAGCAUCCUCUAUAAACGCCAACCAGAACAUUGAAAAGAUUGAUUUGCUUGUUUCAUUGCAAAACCAAGGGAACAACUUGACUGGCACCUUUUAACUGGAUGAAAAUUCCAUGAAGAAAAUUCUGAUUCCAAGAUGUCCUGAGAUCAUGUGAUUCCAUGAGGAUUUUUGAACUGUUACUUUAAAAACAAAACAAAGUAUGAAAAACUGUGAUUGAGUAAAUGGGUAGAUUUUACUCUUACUGCAAAAGAGCACAUCAGUGCUGCCUGUUGCAGUGAUUAGCCACCGUUGGUAACGUCUUCAUAUUUUAUAUUCCUAAUAACAGUGAUGACUGAGAAUCUAUUUGAGUUUCCAGCUGACAGAAUUAAUUGUUGCUAUUUUCCUAGGCACUGUUUCUUUAAAAGUACACUUUAAAUCCGAAAGCUGGACUGCUCAGUUAUUAUUGCUAUUAGAAAGUAAUUCAUAAUGUCAUGUUUACUUUCAUUCUUUUUUCAUUUUUUAUUUCCUGCAUUGUUUUAGUCAAGUAAUGGCUUUUAAAAAAAGGAAAGUUCAAGUAGUAACUAAAACUAAGGCUGUGAUUUUUCAAUAUAAAAAGCACAGCUAUUGGCCAAAGUGAAGGAAUAUUUUUUCAGCUUUUACAGAAACUGAAGGGGUAACAUUCUGAUAAGUAAGCUGUAUUAAGAGCUCUACACAGAUAAGAGGCUUCUUUAUCACAAAGGCAGACAACACACAAACCGAAUGUUAUUGAUUUUAUUUUUCAGAGAGUUGUUAAUUCUCUGUGUUUCUCUUAAAGGGUUUAGCCAUAACUGUGCAUAGAAUAAUAAUUAUCUUGCUCUAUCAAAAAAUGAAGAGGAUAAUAUGUGGUAAAUUAUGUUCUGAUAUCCUCCUACAGCAGUUAAAACUGACAUAGCAAUUUGAGUCUGCUUUCUUCUUAUCCCAGUCGUGGACCGAUGUUCCCUUUUUAUAUUCAUUUAUAUUCUUCUCCCCCUCUUCUUCACUUUUUUUUAGACAAUUAGUAAUAUACUGUUAGCUUUGUGACCCUGUAACAACUUAAAGGAAAAGGCCACUUUGGUGUGGGGUAACCCAGCAACUCCUGCAGCACAGUUGGGGCUGGGGGCUACCCUUUCAGGCAUGAGGGGAGCUGAUUCCUGAGAAACAAUGCAUUUUUUUCCAUGAACGGUGCUGAUCUGAAGUCUUCAAAAUUUCCCUCUAAUAGGAAACAGUGUACAUUUUAAUUUAAAAAAAAAAAAAGACAAACUAAAAUUUCUUGAAACAUCACUUCUCCCUGAACUGCAGUGAGUGUAAUUCACUUGUCACCUCAGUGCUUUAUGGUUUGAAGUGGUCACUUAUCUGAUGGUUCCCACAAGCCUUGGGCUUUACAGGGUCAUAUCAUUGACUUAAAAUGAAGAAUUAACUUGUGUUACAUCUAUAGAGAGCAAAAUUACACACUCCAGAAUUUGCAGUUGUAGCAUUAGUUAUACGGUUCUGGGUGUUCUUGCCACCCAUGGGAUGCCCACUUCUCUUCUCACUACAACCUGUUGUCUGGACACAUGCUUAUGUCUUUUUUUCCUUUUGGCAUGUAGAAAGCUGUUAAUACAGUUUAAGGCCAAAUUAUGUGUGGCUUCUAUAUGUAGAUAAGAUGUUUUGGUAUUCAUGUCCGUUUCAUUUAUUUUUUUAAGUGUACAAAAAAAUAGCCUGUUAAUUGUUUGUUGAAGGCUACUUUUCUGUUUGUUUUUAAUUUUUUUCUAUCCUAUACAUUUAGUUGACCUUUGUGGAAUUGUGGUGUUGGUUUUGUUUAUACAGCCAGAUUUUUCCCCCUUUUUGUGGUCUUCCUUAGUUCUUUGAAUGUGCUCUUCUAAUCUGUUUUUUCCUCUUUGUUUUAGUAUAUGUGAUGCCGAAGCGAGCACUGUUUUUUCUCUUUGUUCUUAUAUAUUCUUUCCUCCACCCCCAACCCUUUCUUUCUUUCUCUCUCUGAUUGAGAGGCAUUGAAUUACGUUUUCAGUAGUACAGGCUUCUUGCCGAUAUGAAGGGAACUUUUCAGAAAGAGACCUACUCUGGGUCAUUUACUUUUGAAUACAGUUUUCAAUCGUUCAAGUUUUGGAUGGUUUAUAUCUAAUGUGUGUUUCAUUUUUUUGGAAAGCUAUAUUUUGUAUUUAGGAAAUGGUAUACUAUUUUGCUAUUUGUACUGAGUGAGUACAUUGGCAUAAAUAUAGAAAUUUAUAUAUAUACAUAUAUAUAAACUAUUCUUUUUUUGCCACACAUUUUUGUGGUUAAAUUUGUGAGUUUGUCUGAUGUUCUACCACAACGUGGCGUCUGAUAACAGUGGGGGGGGGGGUUUGUUAUGUCUUUAUUGAGUAUUUAAGUAUCUUCUGAAACAUAUGACCUGUUCAUCUGUGGCCAUUCCAUCAGGCAGUUCCUUGAUGUUAUUAGUGGGCUAAAGGCAGCUUACUGUGUGUUUGCUGGAUCUUUCACUCAGCAAAAUGUUAAGAGUAAGGAGACCCAUCUAGGCAGUUAUGUCAAAUGGUGUUUCACAAGAAUGAGCCAUUCAGCCCUUGCUCACUAUAUAUUUAAUAUUUUAUUGUUGUUACUGUUAUUAAUUGGCUUUCUGUAUUCUAUGCCUUUUAUUUAUAAUGACACUAAAAAAAAAUCCCAUGUUUGUAAUUUUAAUAACAUUUUCCCCAUCUUGUAAUAUCCAGAGCUACUUUAUAAAUUCUCUGAACCAAAAGCAUUUUCCUCAAUAUAUCAUCUCUCCCCACCCCAGGAAAAAUUACCCAAUAUAGUUCAGGUUAUAAGGACAGCCACACAAUCCAGUGCUUCAGUUUUAAAAUGUAAAACUCUAAUUGCAGAGUUAUAAAGAGGUAGCUUACCCGGCAGGUAUAAAAAUAAGAAGUAGAAAUAAAAUACUGUAAGUUUAUUUCUGAGUUUUCUGACUUUUUUUCUAAGAGAUUACACAGGAGACUCAGGAAGUCUAUUUGUUCACCAAGUUCCAAUUAAAAUGUUUGUUAACACUGCUCUGUGGAUGAAGUGGUGGCAAGAAGACUGGCUUGUGUGCUGACUUCUGUUCUGUUGUUUAGCAAGAGGCUUAUCAUUGUAAAAUGCUGAUUGCCAAUGCCAAGUCACCAGGGACCAAUUUUCUGUUUAAUAGUAUCUAAGUUUAGAACAGAACAUACACCUGAACUGUAUAGUGGCUUGAUUGGAUGGAGGCAGAAAACCCUAUUUUUAUUUUCAUAAAUUUUGUGGUUAUUUAUACAAGGGCUGUGCUAUGCUACCAUAUUCUUAUUCAAUAAUGAUAAUUUUUUUUAACAUUGUUUAAUGUUCCUUACCCCUAAAGGUCAAUGUUAAGUACAGCAUUCUGAAUAUUUGGUUUCAGAAAGCAUUUCUCUUCUUACUGAAGAGUUAGCUCAGUGGUCAGUGGUUGAUACUUGUGCUAAUAAUACAAUUUCCAGAUUACUGUUACAAAUGGGAGAGAUUCCAAGAGCUAGCCUGGGCCUUGGAAGCAACAAUUUAUUAAAUUUAUUUAUGGCAGAAGGACCUAAAUAAACUAUGAACCUUUUUUAUUCCUUUAUAUUGUUACAUUCAACUCCUCUUGCUUUUAGCAGCUCACCUUAAUGCUUGGAGCUUAUCUGUGUCUGUGUGUGUGCGUGUGCAUGUGUGCGUGUGCAUGUGUAUGUGUGUGUGUGUGUUGUUCCUUAUUGUCAUUCCAUUAUAUAUCCACACCAACAUGGGAGAAGAUAAGUAGAAGUCAUAUUUGCUUCAGAGCUUUAUCAUGUUACCUUUGUAAUUAGAGUAUUGUACUGUUAUUUAGUGCAUAUCUGUUUUUACCAGUCUCCCUAGAACAGGUUUUUGAAGGGCUUUAUUGUAAAAGCGGAAUUAGUGAAAGAUCUUCCUUCCUUUUCUUUUUUGGUAAUAUUGUAUAUGCUGUAGUUGAGAAUUUCAUUAUAGUGCAUUUCUUGUCCAUCACAACUUCAGUUAAUCUGCCUAGGAAAAAUAUUGUCAAAGGAAAUGAGAGAGAAAUUAUAUCUGAACCCAUCUAGAACGAAGAUAAUAAUCCUUUUGAACAAUUAAUUCUAACUCUAAUACCUGUUUCCUAGUUGAUUUUUUUUCUAAUUAAUUAAAAACUAUAUGAGGCCUGUUAGCUUUACUCGAUUUCAUGACCACAGGCUUCAUCCCUGCUCAGUGCAGCCGUGUUGUAUCUGCACAGCUUUGGUUAUAAGGAGGGACUCUGUGGAGACAGAAACUAUAUAGUUUGGCAGCUUUAUUAGAAGAAUAGCUCAGAGUUCAUGCACUAGUAAGUUAGGUUAGUAGAAUCUCAUAACAUAUUAAAAAGAGGUUUUCUCCUCUGCCUAUUUGUGUCACUAAAACUAAAUCAUGGACAUAAUGUUCAUAAUGCAGAAUGCAGUAAAUAUCAAAGUAACAUAGUGUCACUUGUGAAUUGUCCCAGUGCUCUAAUUACUUCUUUAAUCCCAUUUUUUCCCAUGCCAUUCUAGCCUCAUUUAUUAAUAAAAUUCUAUUUUUACUCCACUUUCAGGAAAUUUUUUUUAAUUAAUAUUUUAUAUCUAAAUCAAAUGCUUAUGGAAAAAGUGCCUUUUUGCCAUGAUAGUGCCCCUUUCUUGUAUUUUCAUUUUUCACUAUUGCCAAAAACAAAUACACAAAUGAUUUCAUAGCUCCAACUUCAAUUUUUCCAUUUAGCCAUUCUUUUCUCCAUUUUUUGAUUACUGUAGAAAACAACUUCAUAAAUUUCUCCCUUUGGCCUAAGAGUAACAGAGAAGAUACAUUGCUAGAAUUGUUCCUUUGAGGGAUGGUAAGUAAUAUAGAAUUACACUGUUUCAGCUUUAUAUAAAUUAUCUAAAUUUAUCUUCAUCUUGAUCAACUAAUGAUAGGUCUUACCUGAAUGCUAAUGAAAAUUUUAUUAUCUUUGAGACUCCAUGUACACAAAUGAUUGUAGAUAAAUUUCAGGAAGGAAGUAUUUAAAGCAUCUUCUCUGAUCUUACUCAGAUGGAUGAAAAUAAAUCACUACACAUAGUUUAGGUAAAAGCUGGUCACAUCAACUUUUCUAACUAGUUAAGGCCAUGUAAUUCAUCGUAGUGCACCUUUUUCCUGUCAGAACCUUCAUAAUCUUUAUGAAAAAUUGUGUCAAAGGAAAUAAAGAAGUUAUAUUGAAAUCCCUCUAGAACUAAGGUAAUGAUUCCUUUCAACAGAAUACAGUUGAUUUGAGUGUCCCUCUGGUUUUUGUUAAUUUUGCCUCUGUUCUAGCUCCUUAUUGCAGUGGUGGUGCCUAACGAGAGGGCAGGAUAACAGUAGCUUUGGGAUAGAGCUGCUUUCCCCAUGUGAGUAUUUUUUUGACUUAGUGGCUCUGAAGACUACAAACCUUUAUGCAAUAUUCUUAGUACCCAAAAGAAUUAUGCACUUUAAUCAUUCCAAAGAAGUCAAGAAUGCUGUAUAGUGAUGAUUCCUUCUUAAUGAAUACAUCUUAACUCUUUAUGUCCCUUUUAUUUUGGAUAGCCAGCUUGGUAUAAGUAUUAUGUGAAUAUUUUCUAAAAUGACUGUAUAGUAUUACUUAAGACUUUGAAAUGUAAUUGACUAUAUGAGGAAAUGAUUACACUUCAGCAAAUCAUUUUAGAAAUAUUAAAUGUUCAGCUUACUAAUUUAUAUGUUUGAGACUUAAUUAAAACCAGGUCUCUUCCAGUAUAUUUUGUGUCAUGUUUAUAAGAACCUUGUAGUAUAGAGUUUUCUACAUAAAAAGUAUAAACCAGUGGUUUUCAAAGUAUGGUCCUCAGCCCACCAGCCAACAUCUGUAUCUCUUGGGAGCUAGUUAGAAAUGCAGAUCUUGGGCCCUGUCACAGACAUAUUGAAUCAGAAACUCUUGCAUGGGACCUAGCAUUCUGUGUUUUAACAAGCCCUCCAGGUGAUUCUAAUGUAUGCUCAUUGGAAAACCACUGGGGUAAAUGUUAUACAGUAAGAUCUAGAAAGGUUCCCUCCUAGUCAUACAAAUAGUUGUAUAUUGUUCUUUAUAUACAUUCAGCUUAACCUGGUUAUCCAUAAUCAUUUAUUGGCAAUGAUAAUUUAUUCUCAGUACUGCCUAUAGAAAUAUAGUAUGUUUUAUGUACAUAAACAGUUUAGUUCUUGAUAAUUCAGUUAACUUAGUUUAGCAUUCUACUACCAUUUACUAAAAAGUUUACAUUAAAUGACUGAUUUAAAUAUAUAGGUGCAAUCUUAUAUAUUUCUUUUAAUUGUUAUGAUAUUUAAGUAGCUAAAACAAUUGACGGGUGCUAAAGUCUCCUGUUUAUCCAUGAAAUGGGUACAUUGUGGGCAGUGAUAAUAUAAGCUUUCUUUUCAUUGCCUCUUUCUUUACCAGCAGACCACAAUUUUGGUCUGGCUAGACCAACUCUCAGAAUAUCAUUCCUUGUAUUUAUAUUUGUAUCUGAGAUAUUAAACAAGAUAACUGGCCAGGUCAACAAAGCACCUUAUUUAAUUUCUUUUUUAAAUAGAUAAAACUUAUUUAAAAGUAGCUUGGUUUGUAUGAGAACCGAUGCAGUACAGAUAUAGCUAUUCUUGGAACUUAACGUUUCAGACAAGCAUUAUUUACUAAAAUAAAUAUUGGACAAGACAGUGCAUUAUAUAAUCUGGGCAUUUCUCCUUUCUCAGUUGUAUGCCUCUGGUAAAUAUAAAGUAACAAGAUAAGUAGAUUUAUCUAGUCAUUUUAAUCUCCAUGUGUAUUCAGUACCUCCAUAAUUAUUGCUGUAAUCUUCCUUCCACUGUUUACAAAUCACCCAAUUAAUUAACUCACGGAAGAAAAAUGCACAUUCAAAAUAAAAAUAAUUGUAUACUCACUUUAUAAAUAUCACCACUGCUGUCUUUGCUUAAUACUAGCAGUGGAAAUAUAAGUGGCUUACUCUACAAACCUUGGUGCUGGCAAUACAUAGGCAAACUGUGGGGAGAUGCUCUAGGUACAUUCCUUCUUUCUUAUUCCCUUUCCCCUCUACCCCACUUUAUUGCAUAAUAUAUUCCUAUAUCCAAAGAAUUCUACCACAAUUCUAUUUGACUCCAACUCGUAAUAUCUCUUCUAAAAGACCUGUGUUUAACCAUAUCAUCCUUGCUCUCUUUUUUUCCCCGGAAGUAAUUUGGUUUAUAGUUUAUAGGGGUUGCUUCUUAUUUUAGCUAAUGAACCUCAGGACAACACACACACACACACACACACACACACACACACACACCCCCAUCUCAGAUGUUUGAGUGUGGCUUUGGAAUCAGACUAAUGUGUCCAAUAAAGAACUGUCCUGCACUGAAGUGUUUAUGACUUUAGUAGCUACUAAACUGAUUCCAGUGACAUUGAGCUAAUUUCUUUUGAGCUAAUGAAUGUAUCUGCUCACCUUGCUCCCUUCUAAGUGAUAAGCUCCAAGUAGUGGCUACUUUUUUUGGUCAAAUUUUACUGAGUUUUAUGCACUUCUUUUACGUAGUCUUUUAAUUAACAUAGUGCAGAUAUUUCAUGAACCUGUUCUCAAGUGCUUUAGCUACCAUUCUGCCAUUUAAAUUUUUUACUUUUAUUUUAUUUUGCUUGAGCACACUGGUCAACCACUGAACUGCCUUCUUCCAUUGUCCUGCAAUGAUAUAAGGAUUACAUUUUUGUGUAUAUGGCUUUCAUAGUUGGGAUUUCAGAGCACUGACACCAGAUAUUUUCAGUUUGUUCUGUGGGGGAAUUUCAUUUGCAUCUAUGUUUUUAGCUAUCUGUGAUAACUUGUUAAAUAUUAAAAAGAUAUUUUGCUUCUAUUGGAACAUUUGUAUACUCGCAACUAUAUUUCUGUAAACAGCUGCAGUCAAAAAUAAAACAUUGAAAGUUUUCA